GUGCGCAAAGUGGAGUAUGUUGACAAAAUGGAAGAAGAGUGGGAAUUAUUCCAGAAAUCCAUGAAGGAAGAGACACAUGUUUCUGAAGCCAUUGUAGAUGAGGAAGAUGAGCAAGUUAAUGUUGAUAGAAAUAUUGAUGAAAUAGAUGAACAAAUGCAAUGCUGGAAGGAAGUUAAUGAUUUAGAAACGAAGAAAGAGGAAAUAAUGAAGAAAGCACCUGUAGAUAAUAAGAAAGAUGCUGAUAGUGACGAUGAUUUAAAUGAAGAAAUGCUCGAUGAAUUUCUAGACUGGCGGUCCAAAAAAUCCUGGAGAUAGCAAUAUGAGGGUGCUUAUAAAAUAAUUUGUGAUAUAAAAUACAUCAGAAGUGCUGAAUAAACUGCAUGCUGUGUAUAUAAUAUAGCAGUUAAUAUCUGUGUAGACAAGAUUCUUGUCUUGGUGUUCAGUGCUAAGUGGAGAAACAAAUUGAUGACCAUUUAUCGUUAAGGAAUUAGGCUCAUUUAGGUCCCACCCUGGACUUAUCCUGCUUUCAGUUUAGACGUCAGACUGUUUGAAGUAAGGGAUUUCACUACCGGUACUAUCUGUGAAGUGAAUAGUCUAAAGUCCAGUCCAGCCGCACAGAUACUCGGGCUAGCCUGGUUUUAUAAAUUAUACUGUUUCUAUUCAUGUUCCAGUCUUAGUGAAUGAAUUGGUUAUUAGAAUUCUUUUGAAGUCACCUUAGUGUAAUGUUACACAAAAUACUGAAUUGACAGGAACAAUAUUUAACCGAAGUAAUUCUUAUAUACUUAAAUGGCAUAGGACUGUAUUAUAAUGCAAAAAUAUAUGUAUGGCUAUUGUAGUUCUUUGGCCUAUGCAAUUGGAAAUUACAGCAUAUGAAAAAUACUUGUUUAAUAAAAAUCAUUGCAUGACAAAACAUAUCAGUUCAUGAAGUGCAUAUAAAAAUGUUUGUGUAUACAUGUAUAUAAAGGUAUACAUGAGAAGCCUAGUGUCUGAGAAAAAACUUGUGGAUUGUCUUAAUCAUUUGUAAUGUACUUUUGUAUGGACUGAUACUAUUACCCGUUUUGGAAAAAAGAAAAAAUUUGCAAAUUUUUAGAUAAUAUCAAAAUGUGUCAAACUGUUCAAUAAGGACAACGUUCCUCAGAAAGUGCAUAUUUUAUUCUGAUACAUAAAUGGUUAAUGAAAGUAUAUGUUCUUGAAUUUAGUCAGUUUAUUUUCUUAUUGUGAUUAAGUUAUCGAGCUAGCUUUCAGACUAUCAACUUCCUCAAAUGAGCAAACAGGAAAUUUUUCAUAUAACUUUAAAAUGCAUGACCUGAUAAAAAUUAUAUGUGUAUGUUCAAAAACAUGGAAAUAUCAUAUUCAUAACUUCACAUAAACUAGUCAAAUUGGUAUCAAAAGAUGUGAGAUAUGAUUUAAGAGCAAGAAAAAACUUCAGUUUUGGCAUUAGUUUAUUAAGUAAUAUUACAUGUAGCAACAUGGAGAAGAAGGUGUUGUACAAAGGUCAGGACAGAGCUCAUGCAAGUUCAAGAAACAUUCUGUUGGUUAUAAUUGGAAUUCUAUGGCAGUUUCUGUAACUGUUUCAGUAAUUGUAAGUCAUUUGAAAACUUUUAAACAAUUAAAAAAUGUUAAAAAGGUUUUUGCAGUUGGUGCAUGUAUUCUGGAAAAAUCAUGAGUAAAUUGUUCUACCAUUAAUUUGUAUGAAUAAGAAAUAUGUUUAUAUUUUAAUCAAAAUGUAUUGAAUUCAAAGAAGUUACACAGAAAAAUUAGGGUUUACAGUUGAUAUUGAUAAUCCAUAUGAAGCCUCAUUUUACUUAUUCCCCUUUGUAAAAAUAUUGAGUAAUUGCCUAUAACUGAUGAUCUGAUGAAAACUUAUCAAAAUAAAUUGGUGACAUUUUCCAGAUGUUGAUAGUAACUGAAGAAUGAUAAAAAUAUCUGUUCUUUUGUAAAUUACUUAUAAAAGCAAUGACUUGAGUCCAUUUAUCAUUUUUAUGUAGAAUUGUGUUCCCACUAGCCAAAUUUAAAUGUUUUUAGCUAUCAAAAUUAUGAAAGUACCAUCAUGCAACAAGGUUUUUAUUUGUGGAAAAGUUAUUUAUUAAAGUGUCAUCAGCUCAUUUUUUUGUUGUCAACUUUAGCUGAGUUAGUAAUAUAUUUCUAUAGACCGAUAGUGAUUGACCAAUAAUUGAUAAUGAAAAAUGUUAAGAAUAAAAUAUAAAAACUUACUAAAUUAUAAAAAGUGCCCAACUCUUUUUGAAAAUUGAAUGCUACUAUACAUUCAAAAUCAAUAUUUAUAGCUAUACAUAUCUGUGGUGCACAUGGAUUAUUGAUUAUUUUUGCAUAAUAAAAUAUAAAUUUGAACACAAUUAUUGCAAAAUUUCAAGUUAUACUCACCUGUGCAUUCACCGUUUACACUUGGAUGGGCAUAAUGUCACUUUGAUACACAAAAUUGUAUUUUCAUGAUCAUUAUAAUGUCUUAUAAUUGGUAAAAUCAGACAGGAUUUUAUAGGCUAAGGGACCAAAAAUCUCAGUAAAUUGUUAAUGAUAAUUUAUUUACAGAUGGUUUUACUAGUAUAAAGUUAUUGACAAUUUAACAAAUGAUUUGCAUUCUUCAUGAUUUCUAUGCUUUCUGGUAAAAAGUAUUGUUUUAAAAUCCUCAAUUAUAUUUGUUGAUGGCUUAUUGUAAAUGAUACAAAUGUUCAUGUGUAAUGCAAUAAAGCAAUUAAAACUA